GUGUCUGCCCGGGCGCGGCUGGGGCCAGGCGGUGUCUGAGUCCUGACUGCGAACGCCGCAGCCGGGAGCCGCGGGAGCUCUCCGGCUUCCCGGAGCUCCGACCGCGCUGUGAUGGGGCCGGGCUGAGCCGCCCGCCGACGGAGAACCAGAGCAGCGGCGGAUGGAGGGGCCAGCAGAGCUGGGCCCCGAGGCCGUGUUAGCCUUCCUCUCGGAACAUGGGGGACGAGCCCGGCAGGCCGAACUGGUGGACCACUUUAGGGGCGUCCUGGGCGGUGAGCCAGAGCAGCGCGCCCGUGCCCGCGCCCGUUUUAAGGAGCUGGUCAACGCCGUGGCCACAGUCCGCACAGAUCCCGCCGAUGGCGCCAAGUAUGUUUACCUCAAGAAGAGGUUCUGCUCCGGGUCCACGCCACCAGAGGCCGCGCCUCCCGGAGACCCGCCUCACAUCGAGGUGACCGCGGAGACUGAAGCCCCAGACCCCCCGACUGGGUCCGGGGAAGGCGGCCCGCGCCCAAAGGCAGCGGGCUCCGAGGCGGUGGACCCCGAGGCGCCCCCCGAGCAGGGCCGGGAGCCGAGCGAUCCCGAGCGCCCGAGCGCCGCUCCAGGGCAGCCUCCGAACAGCGGCGCCCGGAGGAAGAACUCCAGGCGCGGCGUCCAGGCCCUACCCCAGAUGCCUGUCCCGGGCCCCAGCGAGGACCUGGAUCCCCCUCCGCACGGCUGCGAGGAGGCGGACCCCAGCAGCUCCCUUGGAGGGCCCACCACCCCGAGAUCUGCCCGCCAGAACUUCCGGGACCUGGUGAUGGGCAGCUCCCCGCAACUGAAGAGGAGCGUGUGUCCUGGGGGCAGCAGCCCUGGAAGCUCCUCUGGGGGAGGUCGCGGCAGAGGCGGGGGCGACUCGGAUAGCGCGUCGGUGGCUUCGUCGUCCGCCGAGGAGGAGAGCAGUGGCGGCGGCUCAGUGACCCUGGACCCCCUGGAGCACGCCUGGAUGCUCUCGGCCUCGGACGGCAAGUGGGACAGCCUAGAAGGUCUGCUUACCUGCGAGCCCGGCCUCCUGACCAAGCGAGACUUCAUCACCGGCUUCACCUGUCUGCACUGGGCCGCCAAGCACGGCCGGCAAGAGCUCCUGGCCCUGCUGGUCAGCUUCGCUAACAAACACCAGCUGCCGGUGAACAUCAACGCCAGGACGAGCGCCGGCUACACCGCCCUGCACUUGGCAGCUAUGCACGGACACGUGGAGGUAGUCAAGUUACUUGUGGGGGCCUACGACGCAGACGUGGACAUCAGGGACUACAGCGGGAAAAAGGCCUCUCAGUACCUGAGUCAGAGUAUCGCGGAGGAGAUUAAGAACCUGGUGGGAGCCCUGGAUGAGGAUGAUGGGGAGAGCGCUGCUGGUAGCGGGGGUGGACGUUGGAGACUUUCAAAGGUGCUCCCGUCGCACCUUAUCACCUAUAAACUCUCUCAUGUCUUGGAGGAUGCGGGGGAUCAUCACCACCAUCAUCACCAUCUCCACUUGGCUGAGGGAUGGGCUGGAGGCAAAGCAAAGGAUCCCGGUCGCAAAGCCUCUAGCAGCUCUAGUGGGCGGAUAAAACCCAGACUCAACAAAAUCCGCUUCAGAACCCAGAUCAUCCACACCACACCCACUUUCAGGGACCCAGAGCAGCCGCUGGAGGAAGGGGAAGAGGAGGAGGAACGACCUCUUAAAGGCCACUCAUCCUCAUUCAAAUUAAGACCGAAGUCCAAUGUGUUUGGGUAAAAAUAAUUUCUUUUAGAAAUGCUAAGGUUUGUUUGUCUUCAGGAUAGAAUAUUAGAAUACUGGAGUAAGGAAAGGAGACCAGAAAAAAAAAAAAAUUGAUGCAUUCUUUUGUGAGGGAUUGUGAUGGGCAGAGAGGAAUUCCCCUCCAGCUAGCUUUCUGGGUGAAGUAGAUUUCUUUAUUAAUUGAUUGAUCAUACAUUGACCUCUGCCUCUUCCCAUUCCACCCCUCUGACCUGUGGUCCCUUUUUCUGAGGAUUAGAAAUAUAUCUAGGGGGACUGAAUUGAUAACUGAAUUCCUUUGUUUUAACGGAUACAAUGUUGCACUUUUUAUGUAUCUAUUUUUCUAAGUGGUUACUCUCUCAAGAACAACAAAAAUGCAAAUUGUAAUGAAACUGGUGAACAAAACUACAUGCUGCCCUGUACUUUUAGUAAUUGCUUCUAAAGGCACUACUGAAGGCAAGAUCAGAGUUGAGAUGCAAAAGUACUGAGUAGAGAAUAAUGUAAGUAAAAUGGGAAUCCUGUUGGCAAUCUAUUCGUAUUGCAAGUAGCAGGUUAGUUAUUAUUUUUUAAAGCAAUUUCAGUUUUAAUCACUGAACAAAGAAUUAAGCAACAGUCACUUUUAAGUUAAUCUGUACUCUGGAUUUCACCUAUCUUAACUCCACUGCACUCAAGUAUUACGGUACAUUAUUUAUAACUACACCUUCUUGUUUAAAGAGAACACUCAGCAGCAUAUAUGUGUUUGAAUAAAAUAUUGCCUCUCAUUCUGAUUGACACUUAAUUUGUUUUCCUAUUUUGAAAGUCUGUUUGUUAGGAUUUGUGUUCUGAGGAAUCAUACAACCAUUGGUUCUCUUUUGUUUGACAUAACCCUAAUGGUGCUUAAGCAGAAACCAUUUCUGGUUUAGACAAUUGGAAUAAGAAGAAAAAAAAGGCAUAAAUAUUAGCGAACCAAUGCUUCUAUGAAGUAAUUAUUUAAUCAACUUACUGCUUAAUGAUUCUUGGGUAAGAGACUUUUAUUUUACUAAUACACUCACAGUUUCUAUGCUUUGUGCAACAUUUUGCAAUUGUUUAAAAUAGUAAGUCAAUUUUCUUACCUUUCUUUGAAUAUAUUCAAAGAGCUAUACUGUAGUUACUGAAAAGCUGGGUGUUAAAUCUGCCCAGUUAAAAAUGGCACUUUAUAUAAGGAAAAGAGUAGAGAUGGAACUAUUUCCAUAUUUAAAUGCUGCUAGCUAUUGAAUUCCUUUGUAUAUAAGUGAAAAAUACCAUUCAUUAAAAUUAAAGACUUGUUUAAGUAUGAUUAUUAAUUACAUUUCACUCAUUUGUGUGAGAGUAAAUGGCUUUAUAAUUAUUACUUCAAGAUUUAUCUCACAAGCAUAUUAAGUCUUUUCAUUAAUAAGUUUAGAAAUUUUCAUAGGGGAUAAAUUUGAUCAAGGCCUUUUCCCUUAGUCUUUUUAUUCUCCUGAUAUUGAAACUUAAGUUGAUACACCCUACAGGACAGAGGAGUGAGAAAAUAGCUUGCAGAGUGAAUCCAGGAAUGCAUUGCACAUAGCCUCAACAUUUAAAGUUCUUAGAUCUUUAAUUUCCCAAGACAUAGAAAUUGGUAACAAAUUUGUCACAUCUGUCUGUAGAUGGCAGUUGGAUUUGUUUAAAGAUGAAUAAAAAAUAUUCACAUAAAACAUAAAUGAUUAUCCAUUUGUGUGCCCUCACUUUUGUUUUAGGAUUGGGAAAUGGACCAUGUACAUUUGAGAAGUGCUUUCAUUCACAUUUAUGGGUGAAAAAAACAAUGUAAUUUUCUGUAAUUGAAAAUAGGUUCCUUGAGAGUGCAAAACAGUCUGAUUCUACAUAUUACCUGUGUCUUAUAUAAGAAUAAGCUACAACUUCCCAUUGAGGAAUCUUAAAUUUCAUAGACAUGUAUAGCUAUGGCAACUAUAGGAGUAGACACUUCAGAACCUUCUGAAGAUACUGUUGAACAGUCAGCAUUAAUCUCUUAAAGAUAUAUUAGUAACUAUGCACAAAAUCUAUAAUUUGCUAGGUCUUCAGAGAUUAUCAGUACAUCAUUUAACUUGCUCUUCACACCAAAGAUAAAUUUUCUGGUAAAAUAAUAUUUUAAAUUUUCAAAAAGUCAUUCCCAAAAGGGGGAACUAUGGUAACAUUCUUUUUCACAUGUGAUUGUGUGCAGUAAGUGUAGCAUUUUCAGCUACUGAACUCUACAUUCCUGUUUUUCAGUUUCCUAAUCACGAUUAUAAAAAACAAAUAAUUUGAGAAUUUAAUAUUCAUAGAAUUAUGCCUACCGUUAAACACUUAGAUAUGUCAAACACUUAGAUGUUUAUUGACAUGAGAGUGGUAAAAAAAACACAGGUAUGUUCAUGUGUUUCUUAUGGGUACACUUGAAACUAGUGAAUGUUUGUCUCAAUUUAUUUUUGUGGUAUGUAAAAUGCAACUAGCUUAUAGUUAAAAAUCUGGUACUAGUUUAUUCAUACCUAAAAUGUUGGAGUCUAGGAUGCCUUGUCUCUCAUUUUUUGAGUAAGUGAAAGUUUGGGAGUUUGAGAAUGUAAACUCUGUAAAGUUUGUUUUUGUCAAAAUAAAAGGUUCACACUAAAA